AGGUACUCCCGACAGGUUCUGCCCAGCCCUCCGUUUUCCUAUUUCCCUCUAGCUAUAACCCUCCUCCCCACCCCCUCUAGGACUGGGGAAGGGUAGAAAAGGUAGAGGACGCCACCCCCACCCUACUCCCCGCCGCGCUCCAGGGCUGUUUGCUUGCAGCUCCCAGGUGGUCACGCUCCCUGCACCUGCGGAGCUAGCUCUCAAGCACGAGAAGAACGGAAAGGAGCCUGUUUCCUACUCCGCCCUGGGUUCUCUUGAGGCCACUCCACAGUCCUGUCAUGACUCCCUCACCCCCUGGCAGACAUAAUGUCUCCACUAGCUGCCCUGUCCCCAGUCCCCAAACAGAUAAUGCCUCACAUCUCUGUCCCCCCGGGACCUCCUGAAGACCCCAUGAUCCAGAACAAGACAGCUUGAACCCAGACCUCCCCCCAGGAUGUUGCGGAGGCUGUUGGAGAGGCCCUGUACACUGGCCCUGCUUGUGGGCUCCCAGCUGGCCGUCAUGAUGUACCUGUCACUGGGGGGCUUCCGAAGCCUCAGUGCCCUAUUUGGCCGAGAGCAGGGGCCGACAUUUGACUAUUCGCAUCCCCACGAUGUCUACAGUAACCUCAGUCACCUGCCUGGGGCCCCUGUUGCCCCAGGGGGCCCUCUAGCUCCUCAAGGUCUACCCUACUGUCCAGAACGAUCUCCUCUCUUAGUGGGUCCUGUGUCCGUGUCCUUUAGUCCAGUGCCGUCGCUGGCAGAGAUUGUGGAGAGAAAUCCUCGAGUGGAACUGGGGGGCCGGUACCGCCCCGCAGGGUGUGAGCCCCGCUCCCGAACAGCCAUCAUUGUGCCCCACCGGGGCCGGGAGCACCACCUGCGCCUGCUGCUCUACCACCUGCACCCCUUCUUGCAGCGCCAGCAGCUUGCUUAUGGCAUCUAUGUCAUCCACCAGGCUGGAAAUGGAACAUUUAACAGGGCAAAGCUGCUGAAUGUUGGGGUGCGGGAGGCCCUGCGUGAUGAAGAGUGGGACUGCCUGUUCUUGCAUGAUGUGGACCUCCUGCCAGAGAAUGACCACAACCUCUAUGUGUGUGAUCCCCGGGGACCCCGGCAUGUUGCUGUUGCCAUGAACAAGUUUGGAUACAGCCUCCCGUACCCCCAGUACUUUGGAGGGGUCUCAGCACUCACUCCUGACCAGUACCUGAAGAUGAAUGGCUUCCCCAAUGAAUACUGGGGUUGGGGUGGUGAAGAUGACGACAUUGCUACCAGGGUACGCCUCGCUGGGAUGAAGAUCUCUCGCCCCCCUGCAUCUGUGGGACACUAUAAGAUGGUGAAGCACCGAGGAGAUAAGGGCAACGAGGAAAAUCCCCACAGAUUUGACCUCCUGGUCCGUACCCAGAAUUCCUGGACGCAAGAUGGGAUGAACUCACUGACCUACCGAUUGCUGGCUCGAGAGCUGGGCCCUCUCUAUACCAACAUCACGGCAGACAUUGGUACUGACCCUCGGGGUCCCCGGACUCUCUCUGGUCCCCGUUACCCACCUGGUUCCUCCCAGGCCUUCCGUCAAGAGAUGCUGCAGCGUCGGCCCCCAGCCAGGCCUGGUCCUCUGCCUACUGCCAACCACACAGACCCCCAUGGUUCACACUGACUCCUCCUUCCUGCCAUCCUUAAUCAUGCAACUGAAUCAGAGGGGUUGUAUUCUCCCCACCCUCAGCUCCUCACUGCUCUCAGAGGGAUGUGGGGAAAUUGAACUCUAGUGCUGUGCUGGGGGCAGGGGCUUCUCCUCACUGCUGGACUGGAGCUGGGCUCCUCUAGGCCUGGGGGUCCCUCUUUCUAGGGUCACCUGCCAGGGCUUAUGACUGUGAAUCUUGAUGUCAUGAUUUUAUGUGACGACUCCUGGGAGUCCCUUGCCGCUGGGGCAGGAGCAGGGCUGGACCCCAAGUCCCUUCCUCUUCAAUGGAGAGAAGAGUGAUCUGGCUUCUCCAGGGACCUCUGUGAAUAUUUAUUCUAUUUAUGGUUCCCAGGAAGUGUGUUUGUUGAAGGAAGCCCCUCCCUGGGUACUUUCUGCCAGUGCUGGAGUAGCUCCCUCUUCUGGACCUGGCUCAGGGGGCUGGGAUUUUGAUAUAUUUUCUAAUAAAGGACUUUGUCUUGCCUCUG